AGGAUUCAGCCAUUCCUAAAUCCCAAUUUCCCAUUUGCCUCUUCCAGACUUCCCUCUUCAUACUCUCUUCUCUCUCCGGUUCUUCCCUUCCCAAGUUCGCAGUUCGCAAGUCGCAACUUUGCCGCCAGCCGGCACUCCCUGACUCCCAGUCCCAGUUCCCUUCAGCUUCACCUUCCCUUCCCAAUUCGCAGUUUGCACACAGUCGGCGACGGCGAGUUCGGGCCUCCUGUUCCAGAUCGGUAGAUCCAGUCUUCCCCUUUGGACUUCGGCUUCCACCUUCCCAAUUUCGCAGCUCGCACUCUCGUAGACUCGCAGUGCUCCUUUGGACCUCCCGUUCCUCAGAACCGUCAUUUUUGUCAAAAUCUCAGCGAGGUGGCCUUACACUCUCGCCCAAACGAAGUUCAAACAGAAGAAAGUAGUAGAGAGAGGAUAUGCAGCUUUGUAACCAUAGCCAAAUGUUUGAGGGAAGCGUCUUAGCAGAGGGACUGCUGCACAGGGUCGUUGAAGUGGGUUUGGAGAUCGACUGUUGACUACAAGGCCGUGUUUAUUCGCAAAUGUCGAUGGGAAGCGACACCUCUUGGGUCGGGAAAAAGCCUUUGAGACGCCUUGGGGGCAUGUCCGAUGCCCUUUCUAUCGCCGCUGAUCUUGGCUUCUCAGUCACCCCUUCUCCUUCCCAGGAAGAAAUCCAAAAUUUAUCAAGUACUGGUGAAAAGGGAGAUGAUCUGAUAAGGGUUUUAAGAGACCUUACCACUGUGCAAAGAAAGAUAGCGGAUUUACAAGUUGAACUACAAGGUCGAAAGGAUGACAAGAACGUGGCGCAUUUGACCCAUGUGAGUGAAAUGGAAAAGAAGUGUGAGACUUUGGCAAGAAUUACCACCAUAUUGAAGGAUGUUAUUCAAAAUAAGGACCGGAUUAUAGCUCGUCUUCAACAACCAUAUUCACUAGAUUGCAUCCCAGUUGAAGCAGAAUAUCAGAAACAAUUUUCUGAAUUACUGAUGAAGGCUGCAAGUGAUUACGGUGCCCUGACAGCAUCUGUUGCAGACUUUCAAUGGAGUCAGAACUUCAAGGAACCACCUUCAGUGUGGGGGGAAAUGCUCCGCCCAAUCCCUGUUGCUCUGGCAUCAUGCACUCGAUUCUUUGAAGCUAUGUCUGCAAUGAGAGAAUCAUUUGCCACACUUCAAUGUUUGAGAGUGGGUAAUUCCCCUUCCAGCUUGUCCACAACACCAGCCAAUGGCCACUCUCAAAGAUUUCCUGCCGAUUCUGAAUGUGUAACACCACCUCCGUGGAGAAACGAACAGAGCUUCGAUGAUUUGGCUCUGGGAAGCUUGAGGAGGCAUGAAACUGUGCGGCAAGAAGCGGAGGAUGAAAAUAGUGAAGUGGGUGAUUCAAAUCCGGUUGAUGGCGCGAGCCACAGGAGAUUGUCUUGGCCUCCUUCAGUUAAAAAGAGUGGUUUAUGAGGGAAAUAAGCCAAUUAUUGCUAUGCCACUCGAAGAUUAUCAUUUUCCUUAUUGAAAUGUUAAAUGUCGCGCGCAAUAUCUGUAGGUGUGAUUGAUUUCUUCUUUCCAUUGGUGUACAUUUUUUUUAUUUGUAUAUGACAUGGGAGUUCAUGUUGUGCAGUGUUGGGGGAAAAAUUUUCUUUCGAGUGAGUGUCUUAACAUGCUUUAUACACAGAUAAUAUGCAUGAAAAUUAUUUUUCACAGCUAAACGUGAUAUCUUAUUAGGUCCAAGAAUAAGAUUUUUGUUUCAUAA